UGGACACAACUCUCCCCGCUUUUCAGUGCACAGGCUCGUCUGCGUGUGCAGGAGACGGAGUCGAGUUAUCCACUCAGAAUAAUGAAAGACUCGCGUUUCCCUUCCUCUGGUGUCUGCUUUCAGAUGAGUCACUGACGAGAGCGAGUGGCCAAGAGGAGAGACCGACGCUCUUCUUCAAUGUGGACAGUCGGUGCGCACAAGUGCGCUCCAUGCUUCAGCGUCCUCCUCCUCCUCCUCCUCCGCUCCUGAGAUCAAGCCGAACCCACGAGCCGCGCUGAGAUCCUCCUCACCGAUCCCUCCUGUGCGAGAUGUGCUGUGGACUGCUGACGAUUUCUCCUCCUCCUCCGCCUCCUCCAGUUCAAAUUCAAUGGCAGACAAAGACUGCGCUCUCCAUUUCCAUUUACUCCUGAGCUCAUAAAGACAGAGCUGGUCCACACCUAAACCUGUUUUUAUUUUUCUUGCCUCUGUCGCCACCAUUUUUCAGUCCAACGUCAUGGCUUGUUUCCUGUCAUCAGCCUUUCUUCUGUUUCUCCAGACAUAUGCCGCUUCACGUGAGCUUGUUCAGCCAGGGUAUGAUGUCACAUUGGAUGCCAUGGAUCUGGAUUCUGGGCUACCAGUAAAUGUCUCUGAAGAUGUGCCAUCAUCUCCACCCCCAGGAACUAGCAAAAGAGCCCCACAUAGUAUAAUAAUUGGGGUACGGAAAGGGGGCACACGAGCACUGUUGGAAAUGUUAGACAUACACCCUGAGGUUGCUGCUGCUGCCACUGAGGUGCACUUCUUUGACUGGGAUGAGAACUAUGCCAAGGGCUUUGAGUGGUACCGUGAGUUGAUGCCCUACUCUUACCCACACCAGAUCACAGUGGAGAAAACUCCAGGUUACUUUACAUCAGCCCUUGCACCAGAACGCAUCUGUGCCAUGAACUCCUCCAUAAAGCUGCUGUUGAUCUUGCGAGACCCGGUUGAGCGGGUCAUAUCUGAUUACACCCAGGUCUACUUCAACCGGCUAGAGAACCACAAGCCAGUGCAAGCCAUUGAGAACCUGCUUGUGCGCAAUGGAGCCCUAAAUAUUCGAUACAAAGCAAUCCAGAGGAGCCUCUAUGACAUCCACUUGCGUAACUGGCUGCGUCACUUCCCCCUGGAACAAAUACACAUCGUAGAUGGGGACGCCCUGAUCCGUGACCCCCUGCCAGAGCUUCAGAAGGUGGAGCUCUUCCUCAAUUUGCCCCCAAGGAUAGUGUCCUCCAACUUCUACUUCAACCAGACCAAGGGGUUUUACUGUAUCCGAAGUGACGGUCGAGAGCGAUGUCUGCAUGAGUCUAAGGGACGUCCUCACCCACCUGUCAAUAGCACUGUGCUCCAGCAGCUCCGCUCUUUCCUACAGGAACACAACCGAACCUUCUUCAGGCUGGUGAAGCGUACCUUUGACUGGCAAUAAGAAACCCAGACCACAACUGAGACUCCAAGGAACUACUAGCUUCUCCAUGAUGAGGACAAAAUGGGGCACCAAGCACUUUAGAGAACUGACAUUUAACGACCCCUUUGAAUAGCCUCUUCACAGCUACUGUUGUGAUCUCUGUUUGGCAGAAUGCAGUUCUAUUUACACAAGAAGGCAGAACAGUAUGAAAGACAGGGUAACACCUUACACUACAGUCCACAGCAGACAGAGCAUCUACUCCAGUUAUUCUGUAAUCUUUUGUACUAAUGGUACUCCAGUGCAGUAUGUUCCAAUAUACAUGUGUAGUGCACACGCUGGGAAACAAAAUGUAUUUGUAAGUACUGUACUGGUGCACAUUAAUACUGAAGUUUACACUGUGACUUUAAAGUGGUUACACUGUGAAUUGUGGGCCUUAAUCUAAAACGUUACCAAAUGCAGUAACUAGAGGCAUAAAAGUGAUUGGAAGAAUCUCAAAACAGCUUAAUAAGUCAUUCUUUCUUUGCUGGAAGCGUUUAUGUUAUCAGCGAAAAAAACAAGUUUAUGAACCUGGUGAACUUUUUUUCCUCUCUCUUGUUUGAUAUUCUCAUUCUCUUGAUAAUAAAUUAUUCUGCUCUCAAAUGUAACAGAAAUAUGGCGUGUUUCUAUCUCUCUCCAUUUUGUUCUGGCCGUCAAAAGCCCCCGAGCUUUCGAACCUGUUAUUCGGUGGAGUAUACUACGAUGGACAGAGGCCAUAGAGUAAGCCUUUGAUAUACUGUGGUGAAAGUUAGACAUUAAUGCAAGGCAAUAGGGACCCUGAAGCAACGCUUUAGCAGUACAAGAAUCACUAAUGGCUAAAGACAGUGAAGGUAGCCUGCGCCUGCAGCUAAAUCAGUCAAAUCUCCAUCGUCAGCAAGCACAAAUCCGCAGAGCUUCUGUUGCAUUUUGCUGCUGUCCAACAGUUUGCUCAGGUGUUAAAUGUAGUCAUUAAAAUAUAUGCCCAACAGUGUUGUAAAUCAUUUACAAAUGAUACUGUAUCUGUGUAAAUGUUGUUUUUUUUUUCUUCCUACAAAUGAUUUUUUUUUUUCCAGAAUCAUACAUAGCAAGCAGCUUUCCCAGAAACAUCUUCUAGUCUAUACACAACAGAUAGACACGGGUCAUGUUUCUUUCAUUGAUUUGGCUUUAAACAGCAGCCAAAGCUACAGCUCCAAUGGGAACUGAUAUUCAUUUGAUCUCCCCACUCUGUCUGGUGGAAUAAGCACAAUAACUCUCCUGAGGCAAGUAGUCAUUGAUGCUACUUUGGAUCUAUAUCCAGAACAAAACAUGAGAGGGGGGGGUAAUAUACUGUAGCCGUGUGCCAUACAGAAAUAUGCUUAAUGUUUAUAUGGAUAUUGUGAAGUGAUCUGCAGUUUUUAAUUGUAAUUAGACGGGAAAUCAUACGAGUGAUUUUUUUAUAAACAUACACAAGUUCUUUUUAAGUGCUAACUGAAUCACGUGUAGGCCUUUUUUUCCACAGCAGACAUUUUGGUAUGUCACAGUAGGAUAAGAAGUGGUGUUAAUUAGGAAUAUUCAUCACACGACACAAAUGAAGGGUAUGAAUAAAAAUGGUUGCAGUUUUAGUGCUCUGGAAUUUGUCCACAUUGGCUCACUGUCAUGUCUUACUGGGACAUUUGAACUGUAGCCACUCUUAAUGUCAUUAGUAACCCCCCCCCCCCACAGAGUUGAACUUGCUCAGGGACUUUACUCCCUUCUGUUCACCAGGGGGCACUCGGACCCCAGAGUAACUCAUGAGGCAAUGGUGAGGAAAUGUGUCUAGACAUAGUCAUAGCCUUUCUAGGAUUCCCUCUGUCGGUGCACACACAGGUGAAGGCUCGUGACAGUUACCUCGUGACCCAGGCUGACGUCUGUCUGCGCUGGUAUGUAUCACCCAGCCGCUCAUCUGGAAGAGAACAAACUGUCCUAGGGCACAGCCUCGUUGCACCACAACACACACACACACACACACACACACACACACACGCAUCACCAGUCGUUCCCAAGGUGAUACAUUUGUGAAGCAGUGUUUCCAUUAAGCAGGUGGGCAGGAAGGACAAAAGGGCAUGUUUUGCUUACAGUAAGUGAGUACAUACUAAACAAAUUCCCAUGUCUGUGCUCCUCAUUUGCAGCUAUGUUGACUAUGUAUAUUGCUUACUGUUUGCAGAAACGCCGGGAGCUGCAUAGUGCACAUGUAGCUGUCUAACGUUGGACUCUGAGGAGGUGCAAUGGGUUGUUUAAGGAUAAGGUUAUUUUUAUCAGCCAAUCCCCUUAAGUUCAUAUCUUUGCUUCAUUGCAGCGAGAGUAUGUUUUAUGGGUUCAGUAGGCAUAAGCUUUUAUUUAACAGUGUUAGUUUUAGUUUGUUCAUGAGAUUUGUUAAUUAUAAUAAA